AUGCAACUUCCACAGAAUUUUGAUUAUCACUUAACUCCAGCUGAGCAAAAAGCAAUAGAAAGGAUAGUCCCACUUCACCAAGCGAAAAUUCACCUUGCUUUCCGAGCAAAUUUCAUAUAUGAAAACAAAGAAUACAAUAAUGCGGCGAUUGCUUUAUCAGAGCAUAUGAUUACAAUAUGUACACCAGGAUUUUUAAUCUUUACAUUGAAAUUCUUUACAUCAUUUCAUCUAUUUAAGAUUACAUCAAUUUCUACAUUAGAUGAUCGAACAGCUGUCAUUGAAUAUGGUAAUGAAUCAAUUACUAUAUGCACUCCAGUAUGUAUGAGGUUCAUCCGCAGCAUUCUUCGCAAUUUUAUUUUAUCAAAUCCGUCUUUACCUGCAAAUCUAAGGUUUAAAUUCACUUGCCACAACAUGGACUUCUUCCCUCCAUUCCAUCCGAGCCUAUCUCCUUCCCAAAUUUUCCAAUUUACUUAUAAUGCUUUUUGUUCUUAUUACGAUACGACUUAUUACCACGAGAUUCCUAUGUUUUACCACAGCCUGUUAACAUCAGGAAACUGCAUUUUCGAUUUGACCAAACUUCCACUGAAAAUUUUGGAAUAUGGCUUACAAGAUUCAGCAGAAUUGCGACCAAUUACGUCCAGUUUAGUCUAUACGCCAUUUACGUAUGGUUUUGUCUGUAAUAACUUCACUCGCCACGACAUUUUUCAAUCAAUAGCUCCGAUUAUCGAACAAAACGAAAGUAUCAGGAUAAUUAAGAUCACUGAUGCCGAAGCUGUCGAUGGCUGCGUUCAAAUCGCUCAUGCAAUGGAAAAUUCUCAAAAUUCAAAUAUAGUUUACUGGGAUUUCUCCAAAAACAAGCUUACAGACACCGAGGCAUUCACUGCAGCAUUGUCAACAUACAGAGCACCCGUGAAAUCGAUAAAACUGAACUUUUGCGAGUUAUCAGAUUUAUCAAUUUCAUUACUCUUCCAAAGCAUCACGGCGAACGAAUAUAUGCAUGACAUUGAAGAGAUAUCUUUAUUAGGAUCAAGAAUUAACGCUUAUAAUGCGGAUUUGAUCAUGGAAUUCCUUCAAGAAAUAUUUCAUAACGAAUUCAUACGAUUAAAGUCAUUACAUUUAUCGUAUGUUAGUAAUGUAGGCCAAAUAAUAGCAUUUAUCAGCCAGAGCGGCUUCCAAAUUGAAAAGAUUUCGAUAACAAAUACAAAUCUUUCUGAUUCCGGGGAAGUUCUUUGUGAUUUCGUCCACAAUGCUCCUAAAUUAAAAUACCUAUGCUUAGAUGGCUGUAAAUUCCUAAAGGAAGACAUGUUAAUGCUGAUAAAUUCAAUUGGAGUGAACGAACACGUAGAAAAGAUAGAUUUAUCAUUGGCCGAUGUAAAUUUCAGUUCCGAUGAUUUUGAAGAGAUUUUCAAUUUCUUUUCUGAAAAAAUUCCAUUGAAAAUCAGAUCCCUUGUAUUAGAUGGCUGCAAUAUUUCUGUGGAUAAUCUAAGGUCAUUUGUCCAGAAGUCCAGCGACUUCGUUCGUCUCUCCAAGCUUUCUCUUUCGAGAAUCUUCAAAGAAGGCACUCCGAACAUCUCCUACGAGUUAUCGCAGAUUGCAAACAUCUCCACCUUGGAGUCUAUCAUCAUUAGAGGUGACGAUUCGCACAAAUUAGGAAAAGAUUUAAUUCAAUUAAUUUGCGCUUUAAGAAUUUCACCAACAAUCAAGAUGAUUGACUUUUCCAAUAAUAAUAUAGGCGAUAUUGGCUUAAGAUGUCUCACCAAUCUCGUUUUGAGUUGCACAAAUAUCAAAUCUGUUGUUUGUGACGGUUCCCAUCCAUCAGAUUUCUCCCAAAUAGCUUCUUACAUGGAUACAUUGGCAACUGAUUACUCCCUGCUCGCUGCUCCGCUUCCUGUUGAAGACAUUUUCGAUUUAAUUGUCGGAGAAGAGGAAAAUCUCAUGAAAAGACGCAUUUCGGAGAUCACAAACCUCCAGACAAGGCUUGAAAACAACUUAUCUAAGAACAGAGCACGCGAGGGAGUACAUUCUGACCUUACAAUGCAAGAUGAUGAAAUUCUUAAUGAAAUUAUCGACAAAGCAACAGUUGAUUUAGCUGGAUUGUUGUCUAAUUAUGAACUUAAGACACAUGCUGCUAUUACAAACGUUGUUGGUUUGCCUCUUCCGUUCGAACCUGAAAUGAAACAACAAAAUUCAAUAGAAAACGAUACAGAGGACACAGAAAACAACAACAAUUACGUAAACAGCGAAAUGAUGGAAGUUGUGAGAGAAAAUGGUUCCGAAAUCGACGGAUUACAGACAUUACAGUUUAACUCACUGUUGAUAAGACGUCCUGAUGCUGCAGAAAGAGUUGGAAAGGCUGUUCACAGCAUUUACCUCUACGAACUAGGUGAAUCUGAUUCUUAUGACGAUUACGAUGAAGAAGAAGAGAAUUUCGAGAUUGAAGAUGAAGAAGAACCAAAACCAUCCGAAUUCAAUGUCGAUGAUGUAGAAAUUGAAGAAAAAGAUGCAGAUGAAGAAAAUACAAAAUAA